GCUGAGGUUGCACACGACGAGCAGCGACACAGCUCAAUCGUCCCGAAUCAUAUAACAGUAACAGUCCGCCCACGUAUGAAGCUCAAUCUACCGAGUCUACCGAGUCCGGGAGGCGCUGGCUGGUCCGUGGCGCUGGCGCUUGCACUCGCCCUCCAAGUGGUGAUUUAUCGCGAGACGCUGCAAGAUUUCAUGCAUGACGGCCGCAAGCGCCUACUGGUGUACAAGACCAUGCAUCGCCGCUUUGCCAAUCAGCGGCUUAAGCGUCUCAACAGCCUUGGUGACGACCGCAAGUCCCAGUGGAUGUGGAAGAAGUCGCCACAGAGUGACGUCGUAUCCGUGGACAGCGACAGCAGCGAAGAGAGCGCCGACGGGACCGGCAGCACUGACGGCCUCUUCUCUUCACAGAAGAAGCUCGUGCUCGUAAUGGUAGGUCUACCUGCACGUGGCAAGAGCUUUGUGGUGCACAAGACACUGCGCUACAUCGAGUGGCUGGGCUUCCCCACGCGCAUGUUUAAUGUCGGCAAUCUGCGUCGCAAACUGGGCAAAGCUGGCGAGGACGCCAAGUUCUUCAGCGCCGAUAACUCAGACGCCACGCGUCUGCGCGAGGAAAUGGCUAUGGACGCACUGGACGACCUGCUCGAGUGGCUUGAGACCCAGGGACACGUCGCUGUUUUCGACGCGACCAACACGACGAAGCUACGAAGACAGCAUAUUCUCGAGAAGGUAAGCUCACACCGCAACGUCCGCGUCAUGUUCGUCGAGAGUAUUUGCGACAACGAAGAGCUACUCGAAGCCAACUACCGUCGUAAGCUCUCGAACGCCGAUUAUAAGGACAAGGAUCCCGAGGUGGCGCUGGCAGACUUUAGACAGCGCGUGCACGAGUAUCAGAAGGUCUAUGAGACUGUGGAAGACACGGAGGAUGGCGGUAAAUCCUGCUAUGUGAAGGUCUACAAUGCCGGUGAGAAGAUUCAGGCACGGUACUGUCAGGGCUUCCUACAGAGUCACAUCGUGUCGCUCCUGCAGAACAUUCACCUCUGUCCGCACCGGAUCUGGUUGGUGCGCGCGGGUCCGAGCAUUACAAGCAGCAAGGGCAUCUUAGGUCUGGACACAGAGCUGGCGCCUGAGGGCCACCGAGUGGCGCGUGCCAUUGCACGCUUUGUCGAAAAUUUGCAGCUCGAACGCCCCAUGGAAGUGUGGACGAGUCCCAUGAAGCGUGCGAGAGAAACGGCAAACUACGUGCCCACCUGCGACUUGAAGCGCUACGUGACCACGACGUUGCUCAACGAGCUCGGCGGCGGUGACUUCGAGGGCCUCACGUACGAUGAAAUCGAGCGUUUCUAUCCAAAACAUUAUGCAGCGCGACUGCAGGACAAGCUUCGCUAUCGUUAUCCCGGCGUGGGAGGUGAGAGCUACGUGGAUGUGAUCUCGCGUCUGCGUUCGCUCAUUGUGGAGUUUGAACGCAAGAAGCGCGACGUGCUGGUGAUCUGCAGUGAAUCUAUUCUGCGCUGCCUCAUGGGCUACUUUGCCGGUUGUGAGGCCGCCAAGGUGCCGCACCUGCAGUCUUACGAGGACACCGUCAUUGAGCUGAGCCCCCACCGGGACGGCUGCGACAUCAAGCUCAUUCCGCUCGAGUUUGAGGAUUCCGUGGAGGAUGUCGCCUCUGUGCAAUGA